UUUAUUAAAAAAAAAAAGAUUCAAUGAUAAACAUCAACAUUGUCUAUGUAAAGUACGGACGACAGCACAUCAGACCAUACAAUUUUGUUACAAAUUAGCACCUAUUACAACUUCCAUAAGAUGCCGCAGUAUUUAGCUUCACGUGCUGGCGCAAAGAAUAUAAUAUUUACUCUGACGUGCUGGCGUCUGUACAUAAACAAGCGUCAAACUGAUCAUUUUGUCCCAUGUCCAUCAAAAUUCCUAACAAAAUUCUUAGUAGGUAAAUUCGUUCCAUUAAAGUAAAUGAAUGAUGUUUCAAACAGUGAACGACACUUUCUAUUACUUUGCAUACGGCAGUAAUUUACUGAAAAAGAGGAUACACAUCAACAAUCCAUCAGCGGAGUUCGUAGGCAUAGGAAGACUCAAUGAUCACUUACUUGAUUUUUUCAAAUACUCGGAGAACUGGCGCGGCGCCGUUGCUACUAUAGUCCCGUUAGAUGGCGCUUAUGUUUGGGGUGCUGUGUGGAAGAUAAGCGAUAACAGCAUACCUGCUUUAGACAAACAAGAAGGAGUAGAUACUAGUACAUAUUUCCCGAAAAUGGUAACAGUCUUCACUCCCACCGAGAGUAAAGUUGAAUGCCGCACAUACCAACUAACUGAUAUGCCAACAAGACGAUUGCGUGAUGAUAAUACAGAGCUGCCCUCUGAAAGGAGACCAUCCAUCACGUAUUUGGACUGCAUCAUAAAAGGCGCCAUGGAAUGCAAAUUGCCCGAUGAAUACAUUGAAAAGUUGAGAAAAGUGCCACAUAACAAUCAAGAAGCAACUCCGCAAAUGCAAGAAAUAUUAAGGGGUUGAAAAUAGAUUUGUUACAAUAAAUAUUGUUUACAGUACUACACUA